AUGAAAAAGGUACUUUUGGUUGUUCUAACAUUGGCAUACUUGGAGGUUUCCAUGAAGGUUGGAUCUGCACCAAUAUGCUCUCAUGGACUGGCUGGAUGUCAUGUUGCUGCCUUGGCUGAUCUCUUUGACAGGGUCAUUCUACAGUCUUCAAGAAUGCACAGCAUCUCCAGUGAUCUGCACUCUGAAUUGGAAAGAUAUUUCUUUCCCACCAAGAAUGUAAUAGCUAAAGGGAAGUGCCACACACAUGGCAUACUAACUCCAGCAGAUAAGGAAAAUGCCCAGAGGCUGGGGAGAGAACAGCUGACAGAGGUGAUCCGGAGGCUGCUGGAAGCCUGGGAUGACCCCCUGUCACAGCUCUACCACAGCAUGUCUCAGGAUCUGAAUCAAGACUUCAACCACUACAGCUUCAAUAAAGCGCUGGAGAUCCGUGAUAUAGUGCAUGAGCUGAGGGGUGGAGUGAAAAAAAUGGCUGAAAAGAUGAAGCUUUUGGGAAUGCUUGAUGACAGUGUUGGUUACGUCACUCCUGAAACUCUACCCUCCUCUGCUGCAUUAUCCUUCUACAAAAAAGGAAAACUCGACCAGAUGGACCAUCAUGACCUUCUCUACUGUUUUCACAGGGACUCUCACAAAGUCAAAAGUUAUCUCAAAGUCCUGAAAUGCACUUCUCUCCCUGGAUCGGACUGUUGA